ACAUUCAAUAAAACAAAAACACCAGAACAUUUCUUCUCCAAGACAAAUGAGUGGAUAAUGUUUGAAGCUUAUACAAAACCACAUUCAUAUCUCACAAAAAAUUAAAAAUUCAAAAGAAUCAAUGGCUUCAAUCCCAUGUAUUUUCCAAAUACGCUUCACUUCAAAACCCAUAAAUCCUUCAUUUCCGUCUUUGCCAACAUUCAGUUCUAAGUUUCUGGGUACUCAAAACUCACUAUCCUGUUUAAGACCUUCAAAUAUUGGACCCUCUAAUGGUUCAAGAACACAAUGCUGGUUCAAGUUUGGCAAGAAUGGUGUUGAUGCUGAAGGUGCUGGCAUUUAUGGUAGUCAAAAAAGAGAUGAUUUUGACAAAGAUGAUGUUGAACAGUACUUCAACUAUAUGGGGAUGCUUGCUGUUGAAGGGUCCUAUGAUAAAAUGGAAGCUCUAUUGAACCAAAACAUUCACCCAGUAGACAUCUUGUUAAUGCUGGCUGCAUCAGAAGGUGACAAGCCCAAAAUUGAAGAGCUACUGAGAGCUGGAGCUAUUUAUGAUGUCAAAGAUGCUGAUGGCCGUACCGCCAUUGAUAGGGCUGUCAAUGAAGAAAUCAAAGACUUCAUUCUUGGUUUUUCUGUCCAGAAGGCUUGAUCUUGAUUAGGGUGUAGAUAAAAACAAGGUUUUUGUGCUUGUAAGUAACUCGGGUCUGGUUUGGAAAAAAACUUGAAUUCGAUUUGAUUAUCAUCGAGCUUGAAUAGUUCAAGCGAUCGGAUGAGUUCAAGUAUCCUAAUGUUUGACGACUUGAGUUGCUUGUAUUUUAAGUUUUUUUUUUUUUUUUUACCUUUAAUGUAUUUUUUAUUUAUUUCUAGUUAGUAUUGAAAAUGUUCUAUGAUUAAACUUAAUUUAAUAA